ACGGCGCAGGCUCGUACACGCAAACGCUGUCGAUGCUAUCCGGGAUCCUUAGCAGCUGAUACAAAGUAACAACAUUUUUACUACAGUUUGUGCUGGAAUUAGUUCGAGGGUGGGAAUUUUUUUCUGGGAGAAUGCAUUGAAAGUAGAGAAAGCAUUCAUCUAUUGGCACUGCGUUCACCUGCCGGGAUACUUGGCUGACCUGUAUUUCACGCUCUACACCCCCUCUCCCCUCCUCCCCUUUCCUCCCAGCAAUCCUGUAUACAGGUUCCAUCCCCCAGGCUCCCAUGGCCUACCCAUGGCCUUGGUCCCAUCAUCCUGACCUUUAACCCCCACAUACUGUAACACAUGGAUGACCUGGAUGCUGUCCGAGGACUUUCUCCUCGACCCCCUCCUCCUGAGGACUCUGUGUCCCUCUCCUCGUCCAGCACCGACAUCAUCAACUUAGAAGAUGGCCACUACAGUGCCCUGCUAGCGGAGUUGGAGGCUGAUGCUCAGGACCUAGAGGGAGAGUCCUGGAGUGUCUCUGUGGACCAGCAGUACAUAAAGAGGCUACACAAAGACGCUAUAAAGAGACAAGAUGUCAUCUAUGAGUUGAUCCAGACUGAGGUGUCCCACAUGCGGACCUUAAAGCUGCUGCUGAGUGUGUACCAGUAUGAGCUGAGACGCAACCUACAGAUGGAGGAGACUAGGCUGGACAGGAUGUUCCCUCAGAUGGACAGCCUGCUGCACAUCCACCAACACUUCCUGUGGUGUCUUAGAGACUGCCGCGACGGACAGAAUCACUACACAGUCACACAGCUGGGAGCUAUACUCAUCAACCAGUUUUCAGGUGAGAUGGGAGAGAGGAUGAAGGAGAGCUAUGGAGAAUGCUGCAGUCACCACACAGAUGCUGUCAGCUUCUACAAAGAACAGCUACAGAACAACAAGAAGUUCCAGAACUUGAUUACGAAAAUCGGUCGGUUGUCCAUCGUGCGGCAGUUAGGAGUCCCAGAAUGUAUUCUGUUGGUGACUCAGCGGCUCGCAAAGUACCCCUUUCUUGUCGAACGCAUUCUACAGAACACUGAUGCUGACAGUGAGGAGCACGAUGCCCUGGCCCAAGCUCUGGUUCUGAUCAGAGAGACCAUCUCUGCUGUGGACUCUCAGGUCCAUGACUAUGAGAGGGCCUCUUGGUUGAGAGACAUAGGCAGCAGUUUGGAACCUCAUUCCCGCGGCAGGCUGAAGGAUGGAAGGGUGUUCAAGAGAGAGGACCUGGCAGUGGGGUCCAGAAACCUGCUCCAUGAGGGGGCUGUCAACUGGCAGGCAGCCAACAGAUGGCUGAAAGGGAGUCUGUGUAUGAAGGAUGCCCAGAUCAUGCAGAGCCUGACAGAGAAGCUGCAUAUGUUUGCUGACAUGGCGGAGGCUGUAACAGGGCUGGAAGAUGUAGCUAAUCACUCUCGUCUGCUGCUCCGCAGUGACGACUUAGACCCCCAGCAGGGGGAGACACUGCUCAAGGGGGCCAUCACUGAGGUGGAGAAUCUGCAGAACCUUCUCCUGUCCGGUGUGACUCUGAGAGACCCCUACCCCCCUCCAGAGGACUUCCUGGGAUCACGGGGAUACAGUUUGAGACCCGAAGAUCUAAGGGUCCUUCAAGGGGGGCUAGGCCUUGGGGGGCUGCGGAACCUAGCCGCACUCAGGAGAGCCGAAACCUUAGAGGGCUAUGUCUGCAAUCCCAUACCUCUUAUGAAGAAUGGUAAUAUACAGGCGGGAGAACGGCCAGGCAGUGUGGCGGUACAACCUCUAGACAGAGGUCAGCAUUCAAACUCUGACCCCCAGCUACAGGACCUUGACCAGUCAGAGAGUCUGGAAAUGUCGGCUGAUGAGUCACCUGCACCAGCAUCAUACUGGACUUCUCCAUGCCCAAAUCCAUCCUUUCCUGAAGCUGAGUUCUUUGACAGAGUGCUGCUGCUCUCACAGAAACUCUACAGUCUGCUGGCCAUCGUGUCCCAGCAGGACAGCCACAUUGAGUUGCAGCGUGCCUCGCUGUCAGAGCGUGAGCAUCCGGGCCGUCCUCGUGGAAAUGUGCUCCUGGAGCAGGAGAAACAACGUAACAUGGAGAAACAGAGAGAGGAGAUGGCCAACUUCCACAAGCUGCAGACACAGCACAGACAAGAACAGGCUCGCUGGGAAGAGGAGCAGGCGUGCCACCAGUUGCAGGCGGAGGUCCUGGAGGCAGAGCUAAGACACAGAGAGGAGGAGUGUAGGAGACUGAAGGAGAAGCUAGCAGAGGAGAGGGGGGAGCUGGAGAGAUGGAGAGAAACCUACCAACAGGAUCUGGAGAGGCUGAGAGAGUCUACAAGGACUGUGGAGAAACAGAAGGAACGCCUGGAUUUACAGAUGAAGUUGAAAAAGAACAAGACCAUUGCCAAACCUGGGAGUUUUAACUUCAACACUCAGCAGGCUGUCCCCCACUCCCAGUCGUUUCGAGGGGACCUCCCCCACUCUGCUUCCUUCCGAGGGGACCUCUCACAGUCGUUCCGAGGGGACCUGAUUGGUGGUUGGACCACGGGAGGUGACGUGACCCCCAUCCCAGCCUCUAAGGUCCACAUCCAACCUAGCCUCUCUCUAGCCACAGCUUUCCUGGAGCCACCCCCAGAGGUUCCCCUUCAUAGGGAGAGCAUCAGCCCUGCGCCCCCUAAAGCGGAGGUUCCCAUUCACCUGAUCAGCACCACCAACCAGGUGGUCCACAAGCCAGGGGCUGUGCAGCAGCAGAUCCCCACCAAGCUGGCUACCCUCAGCAGCAAGGGCAAGGAGAAGAGCAGAAAAAAGGGAUCGCACCAGCGCAUGCAUAGUGCAGCAUCUAUAGACAUGUCUCAGGUGGUGCCGAUCAGAGUGACAAGAAAAGAGGGCGGGAGUCUGCGAGGGAAGAGGACUGUGAGUCCUCACAGGAGCUACCAAACAGAUCGUUUCUUUAGUCCUCCAGUGCCUCUGUCCAAUGCCAAACACUCCCAGACCCUAUUGUCUAGCAGCAGCAUGAGGAUGAACAGCCAGAGCCACUUCCCUCCACCCGAACCUCCCCAUCCUCCACCCUUCCCAAAAGACAUAGCUAGCAAACCAACCAAGGAACGCGUAAUCUACCUGUAAGGCCACAGGGUAAGACCAAAACCCUAUGCCAGUGGUCUGCUACUGGGUGCCUGUGUGCCAAAACCGGUCCACAAGUGAUUUUAUUUGGCCCUCAAAAGCAGUCUGUUCUGAUCAAAGUAAAGAUGUGAUUUUUAAAAUAUUUGGACUGAUUUGGCUUUUCUAAUUCCUUGUACUUCUUGAGUGCCUGUUGAAUUUCCAAAGACAUUUAUAUUGUUCUGAUGAGUGUUUCUGUCAUGGUUUAAGAGAAAGUGUCUCUAACCACUCACGUCUUUACUUUUAAAGGAUUCUUAUUCAUGUUGAGCAGUGGUGUUAGGAAGCUGUUUAUUAUUUUAACUUGUUUACAGAUCUGAGGUGCCAAGUAUGUUUAAUUCUCAGAGCACAUUAGAAACUACUCUAAUCUAUAUAGUCUACCUGCUGCUUGAAAUCAGAAUGUCUUAAUGAAAAUAAUGCAUUUGUCAUAGCUACAUUUACUUCCAUACAUUCUAUCUGUUAGAGGGAAUAAUAACUGUAUGGGGUUCUGGUGUAUUUUAACACUGAAUAAUAAUGAAAAGAGAUGAUGCUAAUUCUGCUGUGGUUUCUGUCACGAGGGAGACAGGAAUGGGUGUCAUGACAGUUUGUGGACUGUUGAAUGCAGAAGGCCUGACCACUCGAUAUCAAUGCUCAAAAUGGACUGUAGUAAGUCAAGUUUUACCACACAGCUUCCCUGUGUGUGUGAAUGUACAGAAAUGUUAGGACACUGUGUUUAGUUUGAACUGGAGCAAAUAGUUUUUCCUUUUUGCUCAUUGUGUAACUGUAACAAGGUUAUGUUCUGGGAACCAAGGUAACUUGUAAAUAAUGUUUUAAUAAUGAAACUUUUUGAAUUAUGUUUUAAUAUGGGGGAGGUUGUUUGGAAGGAUUUGUGAAUUAUGUUGCUCACAGUUUCCAGUGAAUUAAAACACGUUAUAUACAGGGCCUUCAGAAUGUAUUCAUACCCCUUAACUUAUUCCACAUUUUGUUGGGUUACAGCCUGAAUUCAAUGAGUGAAAACAUGUAAAAAAUGAAAAAGGUUUUGCAAAUGUAAUACAGAAAUCAAAUUUACAUCCCCUUUGCUAUGACACUCCAAAUCGAGCUCAGGUGCAACCAAUGUUCUUUGAUUAUCCUUGAUGUCACGACUAAUUUGUUAAAUUGUUUGGACAUGAAUUUGAAAGAAACACCUGUCUAUAUAAGGUCCACAGUUGACAGUGGAUGUCAGAGCAGAACUAUACUAUGAAGUCCAAGGAACUGUCCUUAGAGCUGAGAUAAAAUUGUGAUGAGGUAUAUAUCUGGGGAAGGGUAUAAAACUAUUUCUAGAUUGUUGAAAAUUUCCAAGAGCACCGUGGUCUCUAUCAUUGGGAAAUUGAAAAAAUAUUGAACUACCCAGACUCUGUCUAGUUGGCCUUCCGUCCAAACUGAACAAGAAGGCCCUUGGUCAGGGAGGCAAUGACCACUCUGACAGAACUCCUUGACUGAGAUGGGAGAACCUGCCAGAAGGACAACAUUCUCUACAACACUUCACCAAUCUGGCCUUUAUGGGAGGAUGGCCAGACGGAAGACACUUCUGAGAAAAGGGCACAUGACAGCACACCAGGAGUUUAGAAAAAAGGCAUGUGAAAGACUGCGAUCAUAAGGCAAAGGUUUGUGGUCUGAAUGCAAAGCACCGAGAAAACCAGGCACAGCUCACCAACUGUCGUGAAGCAUGCUGGUGGCAGCAUCAUGCUAUGAGGAUGCUUGUCAGUGGCAGGAACUGGGAGAGUGGUAAGGAUAGAGGAAACAUUGAAUGGAGCCAAAUACAGGCAAAUCCUCGAUGAGAACCUGCUUCAGAGUGCAAAUGACCUUAGACUGGGGGGGCGCGAAGAUUUACGUUCCAACAGGACAUAAGCAUACAGCCAAAGAAACACUGGAAUGGCUUCAGAACAAUAAUGUAAAAGUCCUUGAGUGGCCCAGCCAAAGCCCAGACUUGAAUACCAUUGAAAAUCUAUGGAAAGACAAAGAUUGCUGUUCACCACCACUAUCUAGCGUAACAGAGCUUGAGAACUUGAAUGGAAGAAAAUCCCCAAAUCCAGAUGUACAUAGCUCAUACAGACAUACCCAAGAUAACUGAAAUCUAUAAUCACCGCCAAAGGUGCUUCUACAAAGUAUUGACUCGGGUAUGUAAAUUAGAUUUCUGUAUUUAAUUUUGAAUGCAAAAAUGUCUACACAUGUUUACACGGUCAUUAUGGCGUAUUGCAUGUAGAGGGGCAGAAAGUAUUUCAUCCAUUUAGAAUUCAGGCUGUAACAACAAAAUGUGUAAUAGGUCAAGGGGUAUGAAUACUUUCUGAAGGCACUGAAGAUCUAUGGUCUGACUAUUCUGUUGUAAUAUCAUUGUUCUGCUGAACUGUUGUUCUUCCCAUCCACAGCUGAUAGAAAUAAUAAAAAGAAAGAACCAUGAUGAUGUAUGUA